AUGGAAGCGGCCGGUGGUGGUGAUCAUCAUCGUCUUCAUCAAGAGGAAGUCAUCAUGGGGUGCAAGGAACAACAACACAACAACAUUAUUAUCAAGGGUAAGCGCACAAAGCGCUUGAGGCCCCAAUCUCCAAUCCCUUUUGCCAUCCCAACAAGCUCAUCGUCCCCGGAAGAUGGCGGUGGCGGUGAUGGAGGUGGCGGUGAUGGAGGCGGCGAGAACGAUUACAUCAAUAGUGCCACCAACUUGUCUCCCACCACAUCUGCUGAAUAUCAAGAUAGCACCACAGAGGAAGAGGAGGACAUGGCAAACUGCCUAAUUCUGUUGGCACAAGGCCAAUCCAGGGCCGCUUCUUCUUCCCCCAUUCACCACCACCACCACCAACCCCGUAACGAUCACAACACUACAAGUCGAAGGUUCUUGGAGGCAACAACCGCGGUGGGGCCCACCGGGGCCAAGGCGGGGGCGGUGGCAGCAGGAGGAGGGUAUUAUGCGUAUGAAUGCAAGACUUGUAACAGAACUUUCCCUUCUUUCCAAGCAUUAGGAGGGCACAGGGCCAGCCACAAGAAGCCCAAGGCAAAUACUGGGGAUGAUCAGAAAAACAAACACUUUGCAAUUGGGUUGUUGCCAUCAGAUGAAGAAGACACACAAUUAUUCAAGAACAGCAUUCUCCACAACAACAACAAUACAUCUUCUUCCCCACUUUCUCUGCAUUUGAGCAACAGAGGGUUGGUCUUGAGUAGCAACAAGUCUUCUUCCAAAGUACAUGAGUGUUCAAUUUGUGGGGCAGAAUUCACAUCUGGGCAAGCCUUGGGAGGCCACAUGAGGCGCCACAGAGCGCCAGCUGCAGCCAACACAACCUUAGCAUUGACAGCUCCCUCAGUCCCUGCCUUUGAACCUCAGCAACAUCAAAAUCAACAUCAACAACAACCCAUUAAGAAACAGAGAAGCAUGUUGUCUUUGGAUUUGGAUCUCAACCUUCCAGCACCCGAAGAUGAUCACCAUAGAGAAUCCAAAUUUGUGUUUGCAACAUCAAAGCAGCAGCAGCAGCAGCAGCAGCAACAACAACAACAACAGCAGCAGCAGCAACCAGAAAGGUUAAGAACACAAAUUCUGGUGGAUUGUCAUUACUAA